AUUGCACCUUGUUUUCACCAUGGCAUCAUCACGGCACCGGUAGCAGGGGCCGCUGGGAGAUCAGAUGCGCGGCUUCGAGCAUCAUCUCUCUGAGAUGGCCGUGCAGAAAUGCAUCGGACUCUCUCAGGCGAGCGGCAGCCUGCAGUGGGAGGCUGAUUGAGCGCGAGCGUUCACGCGUGCAUGUGUGUGUGUGUGUGUUCAUACAGCACCACAAAGCCUCUUCCCAGCAGGACAGGCUCCUAAAUUCCUCAUCUCACAACGGCAAGGUCUCUGCUGUAGUAUCGGACAAUGUUUCGCAAAAAGAAGAAGAAGAGGCCGGAGAUUUCAGCACCGAAGAACUUCGAGCAUCGCGUUCAUACGUCGUUCGAUGCAAAGCGAGGAGUCUUCGUCGGUCUUCCCACACAAUGGCAGAGUUUAAUAGAAAACCUCCGGAGACCCAAACCCAUGGUAGACCCAUCCAGGAUCACGCCAGUGGAGCUCAAACCAAAGAAGACCAUCGUGCGCGGCAGCAUGAUCGGCCACGGAGACUAUAUAUCAGCCGUGCUGUCAGACAUGAGCCGUCUGUCCGUCACCAGCUCCAACUCCCUGCGCAAGAGCAGCCCAUCGGCCCGCAAGAGAGCGCAGUCGCUCGCCCGCCUCGGGGAGGUCAGCGAGGCCGAUGUGUAUCAGUACGAAGCCCUGGACGAGCCUGACCCUCACUGGGCCGAUAAAUCACGCAACAUCCACAGCGAGAGCGGCAGGCCGUGCAUGGGUCUGAAGAAGAGCGUGAUGCUGCAGCCCAACGGCGUUCUGCCCCGCGCCAAAUCCACCUAUGAGGUCAGCAUGAGCUUUCCUCCUCCGGCCCUCCCGGCCCCUCCGCCGCCCCCCAUCCCUGUCCCGGAGCCACCCAGGUCUGUGUAUCUGUGUGGGGACAUCGGGAGCCCGACGGAGAGGCUCAUGAUGAGACGGGAGUUUCCCAUCGUGUUCUCACACAACCAGAGACCCAUCACCUGCUUCUACAGCCCCAGCAUGCCACACGGAGACGCUCUCACGCCGGACACGAGGAGCGCCAACAGACUGCUGGUCCACCCGCAGAACAGCCCGGGGAGACCGUACUCCUCAUACGACCUGAAGGCCGACGCAGCCAUGAGACACCAGCCGGGAUAUUUGCACAGCGGCACCAGCAGUCCCCUCGUGAGCGGCACCAGGCCUCACAGAACGGUGCGUUCCUCCUCCAGCUACACCAUCGGCCUCUCGCCCAACAUCAGUUACCGGCCCACCGGGCCAGACCCCUUUAUGAGACACUCCGGCUGCCCCAACCCGGGUCUCUACCCCAGACAGGACAGCCCGUCGCAGCCCCGACCGUCUCCCACUGGAUCUCUGGCCAACAGCCCUCCGGGAACCUGCUCGCCUGCAUUCAGACCCCCGCAGCACCCCUCGCCCCGACCCCCGCCCGACCCGCCCAAAGUCACCCACGAGCAGUUCAAGGCCGCGCUGCAGAUGGUGGUGGAUAAAGGAGACCCGCGGUCAUAUCUGGAGAACUUCAUGAAGAUCGGCGAGGGUUCGACGGGUGUGGUGUGCAUCGCCCGUGAGAAACACAGCGGACGGCUGGUGGCCGUCAAGAUGAUGGACCUCAGGAGACAACAGCGCAGAGAACUGCUCUUCAAUGAGGUGGUGAUUAUGAGAGAUUACCAGCACAGGAACGUGGUGGAGAUGUUCAAGAGCGCUCUGGUGGAGGAGGAGCUCUGGGUCAUCAUGGAGUAUCUGCAGGGAGGAGCUUUAACAAACAUCGUGUCUGAGACCAGGCUGAGCGAGGAGCAGAUCGCGACCGUGUGUGAGGCGGUGCUGCAGGCGCUGGCGUAUCUCCACUCGCAGGGCGUCAUACACAGAGACAUCAAGAGCGACUCCAUCCUGCUCUCGCUGGACGGACGCAUCAAGCUGUCAGACUUUGGCUUCUGCGCUCAGAUCAGUAAAGAUAUCCCGAGGAGGAAGUCUCUGGUGGGAACGCCGUACUGGAUGGCCCCGGAGGUCAUCUCCAAAUCCCCGUAUGGAACGGAGGUGGAUGUUUGGUCUCUGGGCAUCAUGCUGGUGGAGAUGGUGGACGGAGAGCCUCCGUAUUUCAGUGAGACGCCGGUGGCUGCCAUGAAGCGUCUGAGAGACGAGCCGGCGCCCACCGUACGCAACGUUCAUCAGGUGUCCCCGAUGCUGAAGGACUUCCUGAAGCGCAUGCUGACGCGGGAUCCGCUGGAGCGGGCCAGUGCCACAGACCUCCUGGAGCACCCCUUCCUCCUGCAGGCCAGCUCUCCGCAGUGCCUGGUGCCCCUGGUGGAGCAGUACCGCAAGCGCAUGUCCCGCUGCUGAAGCCCCUGCAUCCGCCGCUCUACUGAGUGGAGCUGGGCUGUCGGAGUGAGAAGCACCUCGUGUUCCCCGGAGCAAUCAGGACUGAGAUGGCUGUUCGAUGAGAAAUCAACUCUAUAAAGCCAUUUUCUUCUACCUGAGGACGUCUUAUUGGUGCUUAAAAGGCGGUGAAUCAGAGCAGAGGUGCGUCUGACUGAAAUGCCACUGGGUUUUAUGUUCUGUUCGAAGCGUGUUAUCGUGAUCGAAUCUGUGGCCGCAGAAACCUGGAACAAGCCUCAUUCGUGAAUUUCAUGAAUGCUUGUGUUCGUUUAUCAAAUAUUUCAGCUCAUUUUAUAAUGCUUUCACAUAAUAAUCUCACUGUUGUUGUUCUUUUUAUUUUUUUUAUAGCUGACAC